AGACUGAUGACAAGACAGAACAGUUCAUACAGCUGGAGGCUUCAGCUCAUGCUGUAGCCAAGGCCUCCAGGAACAUGGCUGAUGUAGCAUCAAGGUCAGUUAAAGUCACGAGGAUUAACUCAACAGAAACAGAUCAACGGAAUUAACUGGCCAUGUUGAAAAUGGUGUACUAUGCAUAUGGACUAUUCAAAAUACACACACACUUUGUAUUAGGAACACCUAGCUUGUCAUUCAGACUAUUAUGUAGCACCCGCAUAAUGCAUGAACUCAUAAACUGAUACAGGUCAAGAGCUUCAGGUCAUUUUCCCAUCAAACACCAGAAUGGAGACAAUAUCAAUGACUUGGGCUGGAUUUCAGAAACUGAGGAUUUUCUGGUAUUUGCACAUACAACAGUCUUUAGAGUUUACACAGAAUGGUAUGAAUAAAACAUCCAAUGAGCGAGAUUUCUGCAGGUGCAAACACUUUGUUGAUGAAAGAGGUCAGAAGAGAAUGGCCAAAUUGAUUUGCGCUAAUAGGAAGGCUACUCUUAUUCAAAUAAGCACUCUUUACAAUCAUGGUGAGCUGAAAAGCAUCUCAGAAAACACAGUACAUCAAACCUUUCAGGCAGAUGGGCUACAACAACAGAUGACUACAUAAGGCUCCACUUCUGUCAGCCAAGAAUAGGAAUCUGAGACUACAGCGGGAACAGGCUCACUAAAACUGGUCAGUUGAAGAUUGGAUAAACUUCGCAUAGUCUGAAGAAUCUCAAUUUCUGCUGUGACAUGCAGAUGGUUGGAUCAGAAUUUGGCAUCAACAGUUUGAAUCCAUGAACCCAAUCUACCUUGUGUCAAGAGUUCAGGCUGGUGGUGGUAGUUUUAUGAUGGCGUGAUAAAUGUAUUCCUGGCACACAUUGGGCCCCUUAAUAUCAAUCUAGUAUCAUUUGAAUGCUGCAGAUUAUCUGAGGAUUGUUGCUGACCAUGUGUAUCUCUUUAUGGCCACAAUUUACCCAUCUCAUAAUGGCUACUUCCAGCAUGAUAAUGCAACAUGUCACAAAGCAGAAGUUGUCUCCAGCUGGUUCAAUGAACAUGACAAUUUGUUUGGUGUACUUCAAUGGUCUCCCCAUUCACCAGGUCUGAAUCCAAUAGAGCACCAUUGGGAUGUAGUAGAAUAGGAGAUUCACAGUAUGAAUGUGCAGCUGACAAAUUGAUUUGAUGAACUAUUAUAUGAACCAGACAUGUGGACCAGAACAUGGACCAGAAUCUCAAAGGAAUCUUUCCAACAGCUUGUGGAAUCAAUGCCAUAAAGAUUUGAGGCUUUUCUGGGAUUUAAAAAAAGAAUCAGUACACGAUAGAUUUUCCAGUCCAGGAAAGAUACUCAAAGCCAAAUUUCCAAUAAGAUAGCCAAAGUGUUUGUUGCAUUUGACUAUAUCCCACAUUGCAAUGUGGUCAUUUUCAAAAUAAAAGCAGGAAAACUGUGGUGAAGAAGGUAACCUUAAAGCCCUUGGUUAUACUGUACUGUGUUUUCAUCUACAUGUUGCAGGUAACAAAAUCUGUACUUUUGUGAACAGAUAUGUAAAAUGUAAACAAGCCAAUGCUAAUUAUUAGUAUUAUUAGCAGUAUGUAUGUCAUUUUAAACACAUGUACUGUUACCGUACCACUGUUUUCAUGUCCACAGAGUGAUGGCAGAGUCAGACGAUGAUGUCAUGAGGUUGGAAAUGGGUCCACUCCUAGAACCUCUAAUGAUGUCAGGUCAGCAUGUUCUUCUUGCCACUCAAAAGCUCAGCAUACAGUCAGAAGUAAGACAGCACAGAGAAGAACUUAUUGAAGCCAUACAGAAUGUGCUCCUAGGAGUCGUGAAGGUAAAAUGAGGAGAAUACGCAAUUAGGAUGCAUAGGAUAUGGUUGUAUAUAGUUCAUUACCAUUGCCUUUUUUUUCUUACAUGAGACUAAACAUGCCUUUUGCUGAUGCAGGUUCUUUUAGUAGAGGAUGAUGCAACUGUAAGGAAAAUUACUACAGCUGCUCACUGGCUCUUGGAUUGCCUAAGAGAUGUUGGAGAUUCUACAGACAUGCCAUCAUUACUUAAAGCAUUCCAGGGAUUUUCCAAGGCUUUAUUGUUGCUUCACAACUUGGUAAUGGCUAGAGUAAAAGACCUACGGGAUCACAGGCAGCAAGAUUGUUUAAAAACAUCUGUGGAAAUAUUGAGAAGAUGCAUCUCGAUGCUUCACACUUCCAUGUACACAACAAUCAAACACCCAACCAGCAUGGUUGCACAAGAUUCAAAGAAAUACAUACUCCAACUUGUAGACUCCACUAUAAAUGAUAUCAUAAUGAUGCUCAAAGGCAACUAUCAGUGCAUGUCCACGGGUUUAUGUGGAUAUUACACAGAGAGACGGAUCCGAUUAUUGAAAUUGCUGUCUGAUCCAGCAUUCAUUUUGCUUAAAGACAGUAACUUUGAUGUUGUGUUACGAGAUUUGGUGUUCCAUAGCAUGGCUGUUGCAAACUCCUCUCAGAGAGAAAAUAGGUCUUGUGUGACAGCAAAUUGUAAACUUGUCCUGCAACUAUGGUCAGAGAUAUCACAGCAGAUGAGACACACAAAGAUUAAUUGUACAGAUAAGCAGGAGCUAAAAGACUAUCAGGAGAAGUUGUGUGUCUCUUUAAUGAUACAAAUCCAUGAGCUGGAUGAGGCAGUGGUAAAAGCAACUCUAUACCAGGUAAAUGACACUUUUGUCUUAACAUCAAGUCCUCUAGAGCAGCUGGUAAACACUGUACAUAAUCUCUUAGAAGCAGACCUAGAGGAUGGUUUGGACCUGGAUCCUAUCCAAACUUUAUUUAAGACUUUCAUAUCCUAUGCAGAUAGGAUGGCUGAAGUAGCCAGCUUUGUCUCAGCUUUAGCCAUUGAUGAAAAGAGUCUUGAGAGUGUGGAAAACUCAAUUUCUUGCCUUCUGCGACUUAAGGAUAGAGUGGUACCACUUUUACUGGAGCUUGAGGGAAAUGCAGUGCACUACCAUGGCGCUCUACAUAAACUGAUCAAUUUUCACCAGAAAUGGGGGGAAGAAACAGAACAACUGCUGAAUGCACUCUGCGAUGUCAUAAAUGUAAAGGAUUUCAUACACAUAUCUGUUCAGGAGAUGAAGUAUGAUUUGGAUAAAUGUGUAGAGGCCCAUAAAUCCCAGGAUCACCACCUUUUGAACAAACAUAUAAGACUUCUGAUUGGUCGAAUGAGCCAGGUAGUUCAGUUUGUGAGAAGACGUGUGGAUAAGAGUGAUGAUCCCAUCUAUCGUAAUGGAUUACUGGUACUUGUUAAGCAAGCUGAAAAUUCUGCAGCUGAAGUGACGGGGUAUGCAACAGACAUAUUUAAUACCAACUUUCAAGAGGGAGCAUUCCUUUUGUUAGCCAACAGCAUCACAGUGGCUAUAAAGAACUUGGAUGUUCUUCAUGAGGGUUUAGACGGUCUACAGCACCCACAUCUGCUUAGCCCACUGAGAGAAGGGGCUCGGCAGGUAGCUACUACCCCAUCCGUGCCUUACAUAAAAGAGCCAAAGACAGCAAAUGAUCAGGCCAAAACUGAGGAUUUAGACAAUGGAGAUGAAAAGGAAGAUUUAGCAGUUAAGCAUGUAGUUACACUUUCAGAAAAGGAAAAUCCUGAACUUUCCACAGUGCAUCAGUCUGAAACCAGAGAAAUGAAGAAGUCAUUUUUAACAGAAUCAAACUCUUUACAAAUGUAUCACAGUACUGACUUGUUACCUCUCUUAUAUGAAGUUGUUAACAUGAGCAAAGCUAAAAACGUUGAAGCUUUAAACAUAGCUUGCACACGGAUUAUGGAACUUUCCAGUUGUUAUACCCAAGCUACAAAAGAGGCUGCCAGUAUUGUAGAGGAAAAUGAUAAUCAGGCAAUUGAAACUCUUCGGUCAGAGCUAGUCACUCUGACACCACUGCUUGUUCAGGCAGCACAGGAAACAGCCAUGAGUUCAGUCAAGAUCAUAGAUACUGUCUAUAAACAUAGCGCUCAGUUUUCUGACCUCAUCAAAAACACACACAAUAUUCUGCUGCCAGUAACUGGCAUGUGGUAUCAUGCCAUCAAAGCAAUGAUUCAUAGCCAUACAGCAAACAUGGUGGACACCUGCAUCCAAGAGCUCACAGAAGUCAUGUGUUUGUGUACAGACACAGUUGAACUUGUGACAUCAACUGAUAUUAAAGUAAGGAGAGGUGAGAGUAAUGACAGCAUAACAUCUCUAUUAAGCAAGCUCCAAAAAGCCCAAACUAAUACCAAGAAUCUCACAGACCUGCUCGUCUCCAAAACAAGUCAGUCUGAUGAACUUGAUGGACCUUGUAUACUCUGGGCAUUGUCCAUCCAAGUUCUACUGACCUCACUAGAUAGGAUUUUGGGAACAGGUACCACUCAUGAAAGGGAACAGCUGAUCCAGCAUCAGAUGACACCCAAAAAAUGGUUAGCAGCAAUGUCCGAGAACUCACUCCGAAUCCAAGAGGCAGCAAGGCUGUCUUCCUUAAACUGUAGAGAUAGCUGUAAAGCAAAACUCUUGAAAGAACGAGGGGAUGUGAAAGCACUCAGUGAUGUCUAUUUACAGGCCAUGGAGGACCUUGGAACUGUAUCCAGGUCAGGUAUCCUGAGGCUUGCAAGAACAGAGCUCCUACAGAGACAGCUUCAGAUUAAAAUGAAAUCACUUUGUUGUCUUUUGAGCAAAGUUAAUGAGGAGUAUGUAGCAGCAAUUCAAACCGCUGUCUCUUUGGCUUUUUCAGCAAUCAGAAAAGAUUGUUCCAUGGAAGCCGAAGAAAUCCACACACAGUUUGAAGCAACUGCAGACUUUCUCCUGAAGAAUGUUAAAACUGCCACAGAAUCUGUCCAAGAUUGUUUAAACUUUAUGAGAGACCCAAGGGAGAGGUCCAAUCUGAGAUUCAUUAGAGACCAUUUGUCAUUUCAGUUGUCAGAAAUAGUGACUAGGGCAAAGUUAAUAAUGGAGACACAGACUGUCUCUGAGACUUUAAGCAUUGAAAUUCAGACACAGUGCUGGUCAGCAAAAGCACAUUACCUUGUAGAAGAACUUUACAAAGUAGAUGGAAUUUUGCCCGUCACAAAAGAACAAAUCAAACUGGGCUUGCAGGGCAAAUCGUGCAGUGGAGUUUUGCAGACUGAUAUAAAACCAAGCUCUAUCACAAAGGACAAAAAACCUCCUAGACAAGUCAGCUCUGAAAAAACAAAUCGUGUAAACAUUCCUCCUACGAACGACCAGGAAUCAAAAAUGGUAACAAAUUAUUCAACAAUGAAAUGAGUGAUCUCACAAAUUGAUUAUUACUAUUUUCAUGUAGAAAUAACACAUUCAUGUAUUACAUAGGACGUUUUAUCACAGAGGAGUGCUAGAGUGCAAGUGUUCAGCUCUCUGGAUCCAACUCUGGCUUACACUUCACUCUUCUUGAAGCAAGAAGCAGAAAAAUGGGAUGUUCGUGGGAACCAGAUUGUCAAGGUGACCAAAGAAAUGGCUGAUAAAAUCUAUGAUAUGACCCAGUACUUAAAAAGGAAAGGGCCAAUUCAGGUAAAAUAAACAUCUUGAAUUUUUAAUUAUACAUUAUUAUUUCAUAAAUUAUUAUUACAUUUUUAUUUAACAACUUGAUUUCAUUUCCAGACUAAAGAUGCCUUUGUAUCAUCAGCUAAAGAUUUAGUCUUGAGCUGCCAGACUGUCACACAUUUUGUGAAGGUCAUAGCUGAUCAUUGCCUGGAUCAACACUCUACUAAGGAGCUGUGCAUCAUAGCAGAGCAGAUUGUCACCAUUACUAACCAGCUCACCAUUAUUUCCAGGGGUGCAUGGUCUCUCUCCAGUGUUAAUGCAGUAACUCCUGCGUGCAAGUCCUCUGAUGAAAUCCUGGUGAAAAAUGCCCAGAAUUUGCUUCAGACUGUUAUCCAAGGGGUACGAGCUGCAGAAACUGCAUGCAUAAAGGGCUUGAGACAACCUGAGCCCAACUCUGAAGCAGCAAAGGCAGCUUCUCUGUGCAUACAGUGGAAAAAGAACCUCCUCAUCCACCGGACACAAGAACAGCUGAACCCUGAGACAGAUGACCUGGGUCUCCGCAAAACUUCACU